UCUUGACUAUGCAGCAAUUUGUCUUGCUAAUUCAACUGUCUUUGACUGUCCUUUCAGUUGACUGUCCUUUCAGAAGUAGUUAUACUCGCAGCAUAAAACCAUCCUUUCGUUUUGUGGUAUCCAGAAAUGGCGGUAGACAAGAUCGACGUCACCGGCGACCCGCGAGUCGAGCGCCGCUCCGCCAACCUCAAUGGCAACACAUACAGCUACUUGUAUAGCGAGCCGGAGUCGGGGGUAUACCGCGCCACCAUUUUCCUGCUCCAUGGCUUCCCCGACCUCUCCAUGGGAUGGCGCUACCAGAUUCCCAUGCUCAUCAACAUGGGGCUCAGAGUAGUAGCCCCAGAUUGUCUGGGCUACGGACAAACCGACGCCCCCGAAAACUUCCACCUCUACUCGCACCGCAACUGCGCCAACGACAUCAAAGAACUCGCCUCCCACCUCGACGCCGACCAGAUCAUCCUCGGCGGACAUGACUGGGGCGCCGCCCUCGCCUACCGCGUCGCCCUGUGGCACCCGACGCUCGUCUCGCACGUCUUCACCGUCUGCGUGCCCUACGCCCCGCCCACGCGCAAGUACCUAUCGCUGGAGGCGCUGACGGAGCGCCGCAUCGCGCCGCACUUCGGCUACCAGCUGCAGUUCCGGGGCCGGGCGCUUGAGCGGAACGUGCAGGGGAAGGCGGAACUCGCGCGGUUCCUCUCGGCGCUGUACGGCGGGCGCACGGCAGACGAGGAGAAGAGCGUCGCGUUCGACGCCGAGGUCGGGGUGCUGUGGGAUCGGUUGGAGAAGGUGGCUGGGUCGGGGUUGUUGAGUGAGGUUGAAUUGGACUACUACGCCACCGAGUUUGCGAGGAAUGGGCUGCGAGGACCUUUAAACUGGUAUCGCACCCGCAAGAUCAACUACGAGGAUGAACUGGCCAUCCUCAACCGCCGCAUCACCGCCCCGUUGCUCUUCAUCCAGGCCCUCAAGGACCCUGCCCUGCCGCCUAAUCUCGGCGGCGGCAUGACCAGGACGAUCCCGCAUUUGACCUACAAGCAGGUGAGCACGGGCCAUUGGGCGCUGUGGCAGAAGCCCGAGGAGGUCAAUGAGAUUAUCGCGUGGUGGUUGGAGGAGGUUGUCUUUGGGAGAGCGGGGUUGUCGAGAUUGUGAGAGUUUGCCUUUUUUUCUACCUGAAGGGGGGGGAGGGGGCUUUUGUAUUGCUUUAUUUGUGGGCUUUGUGGGUGGGAAUUGCUGGAUUGAUUCCCUGGGUUGCUUCAUACUUACUGGUUGGGUUGGAUUGUGUUCCAAGUGACUGCGUCAUACAAUUCAC